GCCCAGACCACCACCAUCUCUCGCUCUCGCUCUCGCUCUCACUCUCUGUCUCUGUCUUUCUCUAUCUCUCUGUCUCUCAGGUAUGAUCUGGUCAGAGGUCAAGGAGAUCUGGGUGGAUGGUCCUAGAGAGUACGUGAAUCACCUAUGGAACGUGUUAGACUUCGGCAUGUUGUCUAUCUUCGUAGCAUCGUUCACCGCUCGGCUCAUGGCCUUCCUCAAGGCCUCCAAGGCCCAGCUGUACGUAGACCAGUUUGUGACCAACGAAGACAUCCGCAACGCGUCCCUACCUACUGAGGUUGCCUACUACACCUAUGCCAGGAAUAAGUGGCGUCCGUCGGACCCCCAGAUCAUCUCAGAGGGUCUGUAUGCCAUCGCUGUGGUGUUGAGUUUCUCCCGCAUCGCCUACAUCCUGCCGGCCAACGAGAGCUUCGGCCCGCUCCAGAUCUCCCUGGGCCGGACGGUGAAGGACAUCUUCAAGUUCAUGGUGAUCUUCAUCAUGGUGUUCGUGGCCUUCAUGAUCGGCAUGUUCAACCUCUACUCCUACUACCUGGGAGCCAAGUACAACCCUGCCUUCACCACGGUGGAGGAGAGCUUUAAGACCCUGUUCUGGUCCAUCUUUGGUCUGUCGGAGGUGAUCUCUGUGGUCCUGAAGUAUGACCAUAAGUUCAUAGAGAACAUUGGUUAUGUGCUGUACGGGGUCUAUAACGUCACCAUGGUGGUGGUUCUACUCAACAUGCUCAUCGCUAUGAUCAACAGCUCCUACCAGGAGAUAGAGACAGAUGCAGAUGUAGAGUGGAAGUUUGCUCGUGCCAAGCUGUGGAUGUCCUACUUUGACGAGGGUCGUACUCUGCCCGCUCCCUUCAACAUUGUGCCGUCUCCCAAGUCCUGGUAUUACCUGGUCCUCCGCACCAAGGCCGGCCUUGUUCACCUCUGCAAGGCCAAGGACCUUCGCCACAACAAUGAGCUGGAGAUGGGCAUGCUCAACUCACGAUUCAAGGCCAGAGGGGAGAAGACAAAGGGUGAACGCUACAUGGCCCAUGGUCGACUACGAGAGGAGUCCACUCUCAGAAAACCUAUCCAACACCCUACCAGGUACCAGAAGAUCAUGAAGCGUCUCAUUAAGCGGUAUGUUCUGAAGGCUCAGGUUGACAGAGAAAAUGAUGACGUCAAUGAAGGUGAGCUGAAGGAGAUCAAGCAGGACAUCUCCAGCCUGCGCUAUGAGCUCCUGGAGGAGAAGUCUCAGGCCACCGGAGAACUGGCUGACCUCAUCACACAACUCAGUGACAAGUUUGUGAAGAACACCACCAAAAGACCCUGAGAGAGAAGGGG